AUGGCUUUCCCUUUUCAACAGAAUCGCUUUACUUCAUUCCUCGGGCGCCGAAGUGCAGUAUACAGUACUACGGGCAUGAUAGCAUGUUCUCAGCCCCUAGCUGCGAGAGCUGGUCAGACCAUUCUAGAAAAUGGUGGAAAUGCAGCGGUGGCCGCUGCCCUGAAUGUGACUGAGCCUGGAUCGACGGGUAUCGGUGGGGACAUGUUUUGUCUUUUCUAUGAUAGUCAAACGAGGAAAGUGCAUGGGCUGAACGGAUCUGGGCGUGCUCCGAUGAGUCUUACGCUUGAUACGGCUCGAAAACGGUUGGCAAUUCCACACGGUGAGCCCGGGAAUAUUCCACUCAACAGUGUUUUGGCAGUCACGACACCAGGGGCUGCGGCUGGGUGGGUGGAUACUAUUGAGAGAUUUGGGAGUGGGAAACUAUCCCUUGAACAGAUCUUGACGCCUGCAAUUUCCCUUGCCGACGAUGGGUUUCCCGUUUCGGAGAUAUCGGCACGCUUAUGGCAAGAAAAUGAGCAAUCACUUAGAGAGGCAUCUCCCAAUUACCGCGAACUGCUGAAGACCGGCUCCAACUCCAAUGAAGCGGUUCGUGCGCCUGUAGCCGGCGAAGUCAUGACCAACCCCGGUCUUGCGCAAACCUUUCGUACGCUCGCUUUGGAAGGAAAGGAUGGAUUUUAUCGAGGUCAUAUUGCAGAUGCUAUUGUAGAAGCGGUCAAAGAGCGCGGUGGAUUCCUCACUCACGCAGAUCUCGCCUAUCAUGCGGAUAUGGGAAGCACAGCAACCAGUCCACUCUGUGUUCGAUUCAACAAAGCGGUUGACAUCUGGGAGCAUCCACCUAACGGGCAGGGCCUUGUAGCCCUCAUGGCAAUCAAGUUAUUCGAGGAAUUGGAACGGGCCAAGAAAAUUCCUCCCUUGCUCAGUCUCCGGCACAACUCCGCCGAGUACAUACACGCCCUGGUUGAAGUCUUCCGCAUUUCCUUCGCAGACGCCUCCUGGUGGAUCGGAGAUCCAGCCCACUCAGAUAUUCCAAACCUCUUGUCAGAAUCAUACAUAGCGGAAAGGGCACACCUCUUCAACCCAUCCACGGCCUCAAGCAUCAUUGCCCACGGUAGCCCUGCCUUGAACUCAUGCGACACUGUCUACUUCGCCGUCGUCGAUAGUCACGGCAACGCCGCAUCGGUCGUAAACAGCAAUUAUCACGGCUUCGGAACCGGAAUCAUCCCGCGCGGGUGUGGCUUCACGCUGCAGAGCCGUGGUGCCAAUUUCUCACUGAUGCCUGGCCAUCCGAAUGCACUUGCGCCGGGCAAGCGACCAUACCACACAAUUAUUCCUGCAAUAGCUACGAACCCCGGGGACGAGUCGCUAAAUACCGUAUUCGGGAUUAUGGGUGCAUUUAUGCAGCCGCAGGGACAUAUGCAGCUCCUGAUGAAUAUGCUUAUAUUCGGGAUGAAUCCGCAGCAGGCCCUCGAUGCGCCGAGAGUGUGCAUUGGGUCGAUGGGGCAUCAGUAUAUAGACAGAGCCAAGGAAAGGACUGUUUAUGUGGAAGAAGGGGUAGACCCAUUAGUUGUGAACGAGUUACGUCAACGGGGCCAUAUAGUGGAGGUUGUUUGUGGGUGGGAUAGGGAGGUUUUUGGGAGAGGGCAGAUCAUACGGGCAUUCCAUGAUAAAGGCCCCCGACAGGUCCUUGAAGCUGGGAGUGACUUCAGGGCUGACGGGAUGGCUGUUCCGGCGUAG